AUGGACGAUGAGCGCCCUCCAGCAGAGCAAAGUGCAGGGUACGGUCAUAGCACCACCCUGAAAGCAGCCCCCGUGGGGGAGGAGGAGCCCACAGUCGCCAAGAAUCCCGUUCUCAAAGCUUUGCUGCAUGUGAAAUGGGCCAACUUGCUGCAGAAGGCCGGCCAACAUGAACGUGCGGCAGAGCACUUUGCAUCUUCGCUUGCGAUCGUUCCAUCUGGUCAAGCAUACUUUGGUCGCGGAUUGGCUCUUGCGAAGCUGCGCCGUUGGCAGGAGGCUGCCGCCGCGUUCGAGUCGGCAGUGCAACGGUGCCCGCGCAUGGCCGGUGCGUGGACCAACCUGGCAGGUGUCGAGCUGUCUCUGGGCUGCUGCGAGUCCGCCGAAGCCCACUGUCGCAAGGCCUUGGAGCUGGAGCCCGACAGCCGAGAGGCGGUGAUGAACUUGGCAAACGCGCUGCGCAACCUGGGACGUCGUAGAGAAGCGGUCGAGGCAGUGUGGGAGCGCAUCUCGCACCACGAAUCCCAGGAGGGCGAGAAAAAGGAGAGGCCCACGCCACUCAAGCUUGCUGGAGCGGAGAUGGACCCGGGCCCAGAGCCUUCACUCGUCGUUGCCUGCCUGAAGUGGGGCAAGCGUUACUCCUCUGUCUAUGUCAACCGACUUUGGGCGGCCUCGCGGCGACAUCUACGAAUGCCUUCGCGCUUUGUGUGCUUCACGGAGGACCCAGCAGGGUUGGAUGACAGCAUUGAAGUGCGGCCCCUUCCUGCUAGUUUGCCGCUGUGGUGGGGUAAGGCUUACCUCUUCAGUGAAGAAGCGGGACUCGAUGGGAAUCGAGUUCUAUUCUUAGAUCUUGACCAGGUCAUUCUUGGAGACCUGGAUCCGCUCGCUGCCUACAGUGGGGCGUUUGCAUUGCUUGGCACAGAGGACGUCGCGUGCGAGCUGGCCCUCGGAGGAUACAACUCGUCAGUGAUUUGCUGGAGAGCUUCGCCUUUCUUCCGACAGCUCUACGACUGCCUGUCGCCAUCCGUUCUCCGGUUCGUGCAUCGCUUUGAUCACUGGCUGGAGAUGAUGGUAGAAGACGCCGACCGAUGGCAGAACCUCCUCCCGGGCAAGAUCCUGGACUAUACCACUGUCUUCCGAGAUGGGGUCUGUCUAGGAUGCGAGACGGAUGACAGCAGCUUUGCAGUCGGGAGCACAUCAGAAGAGAAGGAGGUGCUCAACAUGGACGAUCCUCCGGCCGGAUGCGCGAUUGUGACCUUUCCUAGAAGCCCAAAGCCGCACGAAGUGGUGGAAUUACAUGACUGGGUUCGAAGGCAUUGGGGGCCAUCGCUGGAUGCAGCCGAAGCAUUUCCUCCGGGGCAAGACCUUGCUGCACCUGAGAUCACAGCAAUCGUCGCGUAUGCUGCGGGCUCCAUCCUCUUCCUCUCGAUCUUUGCUGUCGAGCCGCUGAAUCCCCGAGUAAAGCGUCAGGAAGGAUACAACCCAGCUCGAUUUGAAGAGAAGAUGGGUUGGAAACCGUUGACGGAGCUUUGCCAGUCCAGAGGUGCUGCCCCGCCCUCGGAGAGAGAGACCGUCAGGCGGGCCGACUGGCUGCAUGCGUUCUGGGCACGCAACUACGAUGCCCUGGUCAUUGUGUCGGUCUUGCGGAAUGUCCAACAGAACGUGGACGAGACCAGGAAAUGGCUGGAUGCACAACUACGCCAUGCAUCGAAGACGGCAGACUGGGAAGGUACUGUUCUACGAGCCUUCAGCUCAGGCUUCAUCAACGGUACCAAUGCCGGCAGACCGCCAGAGGUAUCGGGCCGACAGCAAGGUCUUGUAGCACUGAUCAUGGACGAGCCACCUGGACCCUUUGAUUUCACGGUGGUCUCGGCAAUGGGAGUCAUCACAGAGGGUGCCAAAGGCACAGAGAUGGCGGCCACAUACACGCGCUUGAAGCAGACGCGAGGAGUGGAGGUUAUUCGUGCAGAUACCGCCACCUUGCAGUCCGUGGACUACAAUGCCGCAUGUGUGGAGCGCGCAGUGCGUGAAAAUGUUCGGACACCGUGGGGCUGGGUCGGCUACAGUCAAGGGUGUGCGAAUGCCUUCCGUGCGGAGGCGAUGAUGCUCCAGGGAACUCCAGAGCAGCAACGCUUGAUGGGCAACUUCCGAUGUCGACAACUUCUUUACUCUGCCGCUAACGGCUCUGCGCAUGCCACAUGCGGGGACUGGAAGCUACUGCGAGCGCUCGUAGACGGCGAACGUUUCCUCAAGCGGUUCCAGGCGAGCAUGUCCGCUGCCACGCAGAACUUGGCCUUGGACCUGUUGCAGAAUGCCAUGUCCUCUCGACUCGCGUAUGCGGUUCUUGGCAGUGUCCAGUCACUGACACAUCAAGGAGCACGAACGAUGUGGCGUGAUGGGCAGCACUGCCCACACGCCCCAUCCACCAGCAUUCGUGGAGUCGUGGAAGAGCACACAAUCCCGGACUGCUGGGGAAAUGCGCUGUUUGUAGAUAUGUUUAUGCAUUUGCACCCGAAGUGUCCUCCUGCCCUCGCACGCAGCAAGAUGCUUCGCCCUCCAAUCGCUGCAGCAGUCUGCACGGUUUUACUUGCCAUCCUCCGUUUGCUGCCUUGCAGCAUGUGGCUCUCAGCUGCAGAAUGUUGGUCCAUUGAGACACAACGGCUUGCACCGGCCAUGGAGCAAAGCGAUGCCGAACAGCCGCCGCCAGCGAAGGUGGUAGAGAAGAAGAAGCGCUUUCACGAGUUCGAUUGGUUUCGAGCCAUCAUGGUGAUUCUUGUGGUCUACGCCCACAUAUCACGUAGUGGAGUGCCGGGAGGUGUCCAAGCAAAUAUCUCACCGGACAACAGGAUUUACACCGACGAGAAUCCAUCCCCAUUUGCCGUCCGAUGGAUUUCUGAAGUGAGACAGUACUGCCUGCCUUUGCUCUUCUACGUCUCGGGGGCAGCUUCUGCCUGCUCCUUCAAGCAGGCGCCGAGCGGCUUUGGCAAGAUUGCGGUCUACACAUUUUUAGGAGUCGCGCUCAACGGAGUCUUGUGGGUCAUGGGCCCGCAGAAUCCAGAAUGUGACCCGGGAAGCGGCCCCUCGCGUCCAGAAUGCAAGGGGGCAGUCUUCGACUUUACGGUCAGUCCAUGGUCCGGGAAGCUAUUCCCGAUUCUGUUCCAAAUGUGGUAUUGUGUUAUGCUGAUUGCCCUGAUGCUGAUCAACUGGCCCUUGUUUGCCUACCUUCACCAGAAACGCUGCCACGUUGCCAUUCUGGGCGUGCAGCUCGUGGCUACGACCGGGCUAAUCACUGCUUUUGUGCUCCUCGCCGGCGACGAAAUGGAGCAACCAUUCAUGGUUGCGUCUUUGAAGGUGGUGAGUGAAGCACUUUUUCUGGCGGCUGCUGUUUUGACACGGCCCGAGUAUCGGCCAACAUGGCUUCCUCUGCGCUUGAUUCACUAUGUGCUGGGAUUCAUUAUGUUCCUGGCCUUCGGCUGUGCGCCCAUCGCACCACGCAUCGAGCGUAUUUCAGCUGGCUUCAUCCUGUACAUUUUCACAGGCUUUAACAAGUCCUUCCAGCUCGGAUUCAUCAUCACAUUGUCACGCCUACCAGGGCGCGAGGAAGCCUUGCCAAUUGUUAGCACCUACUGGCCCUUGCUGGUGCUUCUUCGAACUUUAACAGCUCCUUCGACCAGCUGGUUUGCCGGAGGCAAUUUGACGUACCCUUACUAUCCACGCUUGGUGGACCGCGGACUCUAUGCUGGUGGUGCCGUUGUCGUUAUGCUUGUUGUCGACAGGGUUGGUCGCCACAUUGAUUGCAAAGCACUUCCUGCAUCCAUGGCGAACAUGGCGCUGUUGCUUUACUUGCUUCAUCCAUGGAUAAUGGCGGUUCUGAUCGUUGCAACUCGCGGCACUUCCAUGGAAGAUGCUGGCUCUUUGUGGCUUCUGUCGCUGGUGGUCGGCUCCGUGCUGGGGCUUUGCAGCACGAUUCAGCCAAGGAGAGUCUGCAAGAAGGACCGAGACGAGAAGUCUUUGGCCACCUGCAACGGCGACUCCGAAAGCAGCGGCAGCAGCCAGGAGGAUGCCAUCUAA